CAGAAAUAUUCUACACGCAGAGGACUGACAUCAGAACUCCUUAAACGAAAUAUUCUGUGAAAGAUGGAUCACCAUUGUUUUAAUGAUCUGACUCGUUCUCUUAGAUCGCACGCAUUUUCUUCCGGGAAGCUGAGCUGUCUCCGUGAACAUGCGCGAGGGCCGUUCUCUGGCAAACAGGUGAAGGAAGUUGUCGCCAUGUUCACACAUUCCUCUGAAAAGAUGGAAGCGUUGAAAGUCAUCCAGCCGGGUUUGAUGCCGAUGAGCUCGUGUGAAGCCGCUAGCGUGUUGAGAUCAGCCUCUUUUGACAGUCACAAACUCGCCAUGUUGGAAAUUCUCGUCAGGUAUGUCAUCAAUCUGGAUUGUGCUAGUUCGCAGACGGAUAUCACAUCUACAUUCUCAUUUUCCAAAGACAAGGAAAAAGCCAGGUGCAUAAUGAAAGAUCAUUUAGCUGUAGGCCAUCACGAUCCCCAUCACCAUGGCCACCAUCACCAUGACAACAGCAUCAUUGUCGGCGCCGGGAAGAUGGCGAUCGGUGCUGGUCUGGCUGUGGGUGGAGCCAUAAAGGGACUGUUCGGAGCCGUGGCAGAUCGAAGAACCCCAGGACAAACAAAUCCGAACUCCGCUUAUUCCGGAGGUCAACCAGCAGGGUUCUGCAUAUCCUGGAGUUCAACCAGCAGGUGCGACAUAUCCCGGAAGCCAGCCAGGAUAUUCAGGGUCAGCAUAUCAGGAGGUCAACCAGCAGGAUCUGCAUACCCCGGAUCAUCGUAUCCGAGAAAUCCAUAUGCUGGUUCCUCAUAUCCCGGAACAGGCUAUCCAGGACUCAGCCCGCAGCCUCCGCAUAUCCUGGAUCCGCGUAUCCUGGACAUCAGCCCGCAGGAUCAGUGUAAUCCGAGUGCUCCACCCAUGUCCCCGGGAUACCCAUCAGCGUCCCCUGCUGGGAGUGCGUAUCCUCCGGCUGGAUCCGCUGGAUACCCUGCCGGAUACCCACGUAUCCGGUCCUCGCCCAGCCGGAGCUGCUUACCCUGGCUUUCCUCGGUGUAUGGAGCAUAA